CCACAAACCCCGCCAAUUUCUGUUGACCCAAAACCAAAUGUUAGUUAUACUUUCCUACCCUCCACCCCAAAAAAGAACAAGAAAAAGGGAAGAAGAAACUCUCAUCAUAAAUGGAGAAGCACAACCAAUAUUGAGAUUUUUCUUCCUAAUUUCUCCAAUCCAAAUUCAAGAAGCAAAAGAGGAAAGAAAAACAGACAAAAAAGAUGAAGAAACAAUCUGCCGGAUCAUCCUCCAAGAUUUCAUCAACAGUCCUUCCAUAUCAAACACCAAGGCUCAGAGAUCAUUACAGUGUGGGAAGGAAACUAGGCCAAGGACAGUUUGGCACAACCUUCCAUUGUAUAGAAAAGGGUACCGGAAAAGAAUACGCAUGCAAAUCCAUCCCAAAGCGCAAGCUUUUAUGUAAGGAAGAUUAUGACGAUGUUUGGAGGGAGAUCCAGAUAAUGCACCACUUGUCGGAGCACUCGAGUGUGGUCAGGAUCAAAGGGACUUAUGAGGACACUAUGUUUGUGCAUUUGGUGAUGGAGUUGUGUGGUGGGGGUGAACUUUUCGACAGGAUUGUCAAGAAAGGGCAUUACAGUGAGAGAAAGGCUGCUCAGCUAAUGAAAACCAUUGUUGGUGUGGUGGAGGCUUGCCAUUCUCUAGGGGUCAUGCACAGAGAUCUCAAGCCAGAAAAUUUCCUUUUUGACACUCCUGAUGAGGAUGCCAAGCUUAAGGCCACAGAUUUUGGCUUGUCCGUUUUCUAUAAGCCUGGGCAAUAUCUUUCUGAUGUCGUUGGAAGUCCUUAUUAUGUUGCACCUGAAGUGUUGCACAAAUACUAUGGACCUGAAGCAGAUGUGUGGAGUGCCGGUGUUAUUCUCUACAUAUUAUUAUGUGGCGUUCCACCUUUCUGGGCCGAAACGGAUAACGGAAUCUUCAGACAAAUCUUGAAAGGCAAGAUAGACUUUGAAUCUGAACCAUGGCCUCACAUUUCAGAAAGUGCAAAGGACCUUGUAAGAAAGAUGCUUACUAGAGACCCCAGAAGUCGAAUUACUGCCCAUCAAGUCCUCUGCCAUCCUUGGAUCGUGGAUGACACAGUUGCACCAGACAAACCUUUGGGAUCUGCAGUAUUGACGCGGCUAAAGCAAUUUUCUGCGAUGAACAAACUGAAGAAGAUGGCUCUCCGUGUUAUAGCAGAAAGACUUUCAGAAGAAGAGAUCGGUGGACUGAGACAGUUGUUCAAAAUGCUUGAUACAGACAACAGCGGGACAAUAACUUUUGAUGAAUUAAAACACGGUUUGAGAAGAGUGGGCUCUGAACUAAUGGAAUCCGAUAUCAAGGCCUUAAUGGAGGCGGUAUAUUUCUUGUUUAGUAAUGAAAAGCCGAAGUUACAAUCUAUAUCAAAUGACAGGAUCAAUCUCACUUGCAUGGCUGCAUUUAUUCUCUUUCAGGCUGAUAUCGACAACAACGGGACUAUAGACUACGGAGAGUUCCUGGCUGCAACCUUACAUUUGAACAAGAUGGAAAGGGAGGAAAAUCUUCAUGCUGCUUUCUCCUUCUUCGACAAAGAUGGCAGCGGUUACAUCACUAUUGAUGAGCUUCAACAGGCAUGCAAAGAGUUCGGCCUUGGAGACGUCCAACUAGAAGAAAUCAUUAGAGAAAUCGACACAGACAACGACGGGCGUAUAGACUACGGAGAAUUUGCUGCAAUGAUGAGGAAGGGUAAUCCUGGGAUUGGCUCCAGAACCAUGAGAGGCAAUUUGAAUUUCAACUUAGCAGAUGCGCUCCAAGGUAAACCCAAGGAGGGGGAGUAAAAAUGGAGACAAACAUCUCCUGUAUAUGUUUUUCUGACCUGUAAUGAUCUUGAACCAAUUUGGCAUUGUGCAAAUGUUUCCUAGUACAGUUUAUCCUCAGUACACAAAGUCCACUGACUACUAAUGUUCCAUGUAAUUGUAGUAGUGGAGGAAGAAGAAUCAUCUCAAGUCACUUACAUAUGUUUAUAUGUACACUUAUUAGGACAAUUCCUGUUGUUUUGGGAUGACUCAUUACAACCAUAGUAAUUAUACAAACAAGAAACUCUUGCUA